AUGGCUGAACAAGGAUUGGAAGGGAACCAACCAGUUGACCUUAAUUUGUUUGUUCGUUUCAGGAACAUUGUUUCAACUGUGAACCUAGAUUGUAAGCUCGACCUCAAAGCUAUUGCUUUGCANGCUCGCAAUGCUGAGUAUAACCCAAAGGUCGGGAAAGCAUACUUAGAAUUGAUAGANUAUUUAGAAGCUGAAANAGCAUUNCGGCUUGCCCGCCAGGCUUCUCCUAAANUAAGCAUGUAUGUAAGUGUGUUUAGAAGGAAUGGNUAUAUACUCAACCGUCCUCUAUCAUUUGAAGGAAGAUAUGAAGCUGAGUUACCUGACUCAGGAACUAAUAUCAACUGA